GGCGGCGGCGCACCGGGGGCCGCGGGGGAGCCGCUGGGGAGCUUCUGCGCGUGCAGGGGUUCGCUCGCCUUCGCGCACGCCAGCUGCCUGAACCGGUGGCGCGCGCUGCAGCCGGAAGACCGCUGCGAGGUGUGCCGGGCGCCGUACGCCGUCGAGGCCGGCGGCGACCGCCCGAACGCGGGUGGCCAGCGGCCGCCGGCGGCCACCGAGGGGCUCAGCACCGGGCCGCUGCCGCUUCGGACCGAGCAGGCCCUGCGCCCGGCGCCACCCCAGAAGCGAGUGAGAUCGGGGCCC